CUUCUUGGACAGUAACUACAACAACCAAGCAGAUUAUUUUCUUUGAAAAUAUGGAUUCACGUAUAACACAUCCUGAUCAUGGUCACAAUUACGAUCAUGACCCCCAUAAUGCUGCUCUGCAUCCUGUGGCCCAAGGUGAAGAUGAGCACGCCCAUGAGAGGAAGUCGGUGAUGAAGAAGGUGAAGGCAAAGGCAAUGAAGAUAAAGGACACGCUCAAGAAGCAUGGCCAUGGUCAUGACCACGACCAUGAUCAUGAUCAUGAUUAUCAACGCGUUGGCCAUCAUAUUGCUGAUGAUCAUGAUCUUGAUGAGGAAGAUGACGAGGAUGAAGAAACAGUUGAAGACCCAGAAGUUCAUGGUGUGUCAGAAGAGAGAUACGUUACCAAAAUCAGUGAGCCAAUUACAUUAUCACAUUCUCCAGGAGUUUAUGGGACCAAAGCCACUGAUCCAACAGGCACAGGUGGUGAGGUAGCAGGAAUCACCCCAAUACUUCAGUCAUUUGUCAAAAUGAAUGUCCAUGAUGAACCGGAUCCAAAAUCCGCUGGAGUAGCAGACCAUAACUUGCCCAUUUCAACCGGCAAUCAGUUUACCAAUUUACCUACUGGAAGCCAUGACCAGUUCUCUCCAGAACCAGUUCCCCCCGAGCCAGAGGCGAAAGCCUUCCGAGAUAAACCUCAACUCCCAGAAAGCUUUACUACCAAACUGGAAAACUACCCACAUGAUGAUAUAUCCGGGAAACCAUCAAACCAGAGCAGCUACGCUGAGAAAAUCUCAUCAGCUGCCACCUCUGCCAUCGCUGACAAAGCAAUCUCUGCGAGUAAUGUUGUUGCUUCAAAGCUCGGAUAUGGUGAGAAAGAUGACACAACCAGGAAUGAAGACAAAGGAGUAGUGUCUGUGAAGGACUACGUUCUGGAGAAGUUGAGGCCUGGUGACGAGGAUAGGGCGCUAUCUGAAUUGAUUUCAGAUGCAUUACACAAGCAGAGGAGGCCGGAAGAGCCAGAGAAGGCAAAGAUGCGGCCUGUGGGGAAGGUGACAGAAUCAAAGGAGGUAGCAAGCCGGUUAGGCACCAAGGAUGAGAAUUAUGGGAAACGGACGCAAUCGAGCUAUCUGGAUAGCCAGGGAACGGGUGUGGUGGAUAAGCUUAAAGGUGCUGUUGGUUCAUGGUUCAGGUUACGUGGAGAGUCGCAAUCCCAAGUUCCUCAGCAGCCGCAUGGUGAUCUGUGAUCAUGAGGGUAUUUCAAAUUCUGCUGGGGGAGAUGUAGGAUACAGUAGCCAUACUGAAGAAGGAAGAAGGCUUCAGGAGAACUAAGAAGAGUUGAUCCUUAAAAGUUUGUUUUUUAAUCAAAUGUAUGGUUUGGUGUGGAUAUAUAGAAUAGCAAUAAUAAGUGAAUUGACAUUACAUUUGUGGCUGCUA